AUAAAGCAAAUAAAACUUAAAUAUCAAAAUCUGGAGGCACUUGAAGGCUACAUCGAAGAGUGCUACGACCGUCUCGUCAUGGGGAAGCCAUCUAAGACGCCAACGUCUAAAAGAAGCCGCCCGGAGGACUCACCUGGCCAUGUGUCACCACCCGGUACAAACUUCACCGACAUCCUGGAUUCCAUCGACAAGAGGCUGACUUGUUUGGAUGGCCGCCUCGCACUUGUUGAGGUGCUCCACAAGGAAUUCCAAGCCAUCCGUGAGAGUUUGGAAUUCGGACAACAGCAGGUCAUGUCUCUCGCCAAGGAGAACGCCGCUCUUCGUGAGACUGUAAAAUCCCUCACCGACGGAGUGACGCAACUCACCCGGGACAACAGGAGCAUGAAGGAGACGAUGCUAGACCUCCAGGCGAGAAGCAUGAGGGACAAUCUGGUCUUCGCGGGGAUACCGGAAAAGACCGAGGAAGAUCCAGAGGAAACCAUCAAGUCCUUCAUGGAACAUCAGCUCAAGCUUCCAGCAGACACCAUCAGGAACAUCACCUUCCAUCGCGUCCACCGGCUUGGAGCCAAAAAGCCGGAGAACAGGAGGCCGAGACCCAUCAUAGCCAAAUUCGAACACUUCAAGCAGAAGGAGCGAGUGAGGAACCAGGGUAGAGAGCUGAAAGGAUCCAACUUCAGCAUCAACGACCAGUUUCCUAAGGAAAUUCUCGACCGGCGACGCCAUUUGUUUCCGCUUCGCAAGAAGUUUAUCACCGAAGGAUGCCGUGCAGUCAUCGCGGUGGAUAAACUUUUCAUCAACGGCCAACUUUACCGUGAUCCGGAAGCCACGCCGUGGCUGUAUUAUUAGCGUCUGAAACACGCGCUUUUAUUCACCAUCCUCUCCGGUGAGCCAGCAGAGGGCGCCACCAUCCUCUUCGGUGGGCCAGCAGAGGGCGCCACCAUCCUCUCCGGUGGGCCAGCAGAGGGUGCCACCAUCCUCACCUGUGGGCCACCAGAGGGCGCCACCAACCUCUCGUCGGCCACGGAUGUGAUCGUUCCAUGGGCGACCGCCUUGCCAAUUGCGGCAGCAUUCAACUCGCCGUUGCCACCUGACUCUUCCCCACCACCUUGUCCUCCCUCCACCCUCCCGUGACUUUGGCCUGUUUUUUUGGGGGGAGGGGGGGGGUUUCUACAACGUCUAGUAUCCAUUAUGGGAAGGGGGGCUACUGUCAGGUUUGUCACUGACAGUUUGGUUAUGUUUUAGUUUUUCCUCUGAGUUUGUCUAUUUCCUGUCAGCGCUUUUAUUUUGGUUGUUUCCUGCUUGUCUCCCUGAGCGCUGCUUCCCCUCAGCUAUGACUGAUUGGCACCUGGCCACACCUGGUGUCAAUCAGCCAGCUGCUAUUUAAACCUGUCUUGCCAUCCAGUCUGUGCUGGAGUAUUGUCGAUAUGAUUGUCGAUGUCAGUGUAGCUGUAUGCUGUAGCUGUAAGCUGAAUGCUGUGGACUGUUUGUUUUUUCCAUAGUUCCUGUUUUCCUAGUAUCCUGUUUCCUGUCUUCAAGUUCCU